GUGGCGGUAAUGCACCUAAAAGCUGUUUGCCAGCGGCCAUCAAACAGACAAAAGAAGAAGAGAAGGAGGAGGCGGAAGAAGAAGAAGAAGAAGAAGAAGAAGAAGAAGAAAAAGAAGAAUAUGAUGACAGCAAGCUAACAUGUCCCUUAAAAGCUUGCCGUUAAACAAUGUACCAGUCAAGAUGGGGCAGACCCUGUGCAUUUGCUCCCGUGGCGCCAUUACCAUCGAUAACAAAAAAUAUUACUUUGUUCAGAAACUAGACGAAGGUGGGUUCAGUUAUGUUGAUCUGGUAGAGGGGGUAAAGGAUGGGCGCUUCUAUGCCCUGAAGAGGAUCCUGUGCCAUGACCGUGAAGGCCGUCAGGAGGCUCAGACAGAGGUGGAGAUGCAUCAGGUGUUUAAUCACCCCAACGUCUUGAGCCUGGUUGCCCACACCUUUGUUGAUCGUGGAGGCAAGACUGAAGCCUGGUUACUUCUGCCUUAUAUUAGAAAAGGCAGUCUGUGGUCAGUUCUGGAGAAGCUACGAGACAAGGGGAGCUCAAUGCCUGAAAAACAGAUUUUGCAGAUCUUACGUGGCAUCUGCUCUGGACUCAAGGCCAUUCAUGAAAAAGGCUAUGCACACAGAGACCUGAAGCCCACAAAUGUGCUUUUGGAUGAGGAUGACAGGCCGGUUCUGAUGGACCUGGGCUCUAUGAACCGUGCCAGGAUAGAGAUUAGAGGAACCAGAGAAGCUAUGACAAUACAGGACUGGGCAGCCCAGCGGUGCACCAUUUCCUACAGGGCUCCUGAACUCUUCAAUGUAGAGAGCCACUGCAUUAUAGAUGAGCGCACUGAUAUCUGGUCGCUUGGCUGUGUGCUUUACUGCAUGAUGAUGUUGGAAGGGCCGUAUGACAUGGUAUUUCAGAAGGGGGACAGUGUUGCCCUGGCUGUCCAGAAUCCAGUGGCCAUCCCACAGUCUUGCAGUUACUCGGAAGGACUGCAAAUGCUGCUGAGCUCCAUAAUGGUGUCAAAUCCACAGGAGAGACCAAACAUCCAUUGGGUUCUUGACCAGGUACAGGACCUGCUGAGUUGCAGCCCCAACACCCAAACCAACAUGGUCUGAACUUGCACGGUACACUGGAUGUGGGAUCUCGGAGACCUUUGCCCACAUGAAUUCUCUCUUAUUUUGAGCUUGAAAAUAUUUCUUUUAUUUAUUGAAUUUGGUGUAAAAACCUACCUGCAGACUUUCACUCAGUUGGAGAGCUUGGCAAUAGUAUCAACUUUUAGUUUGACUCCUCCAAUAAGAUCCAGCUUGCUUUCGCAGUGCACUUUUGUGGACUUAUCAAGAAUCUGAAAGGCCUUAAAUGUAAUUUGACCCUUCAAUAUCUAAUGCAAGGGUCAAGUGGCUUUGUCUUGUAAUCUUAAAUGGAUAGUUUGACAUUUUGAGAAAUAUGCUUAUUCGCUUUCACUGAGAGUUGCAUGAGAAGAUCGAUACCACUCUCAUGUGUGUCCUUGCUGGAGCCAGCCGCCUGUUAACGUAGCUUAGCAUUAAUACUGGAUCAAGGGGUAAAUAGGUAGCCAAAUGGCAAAAUUCAGCCAGUCUAGCUGUUUACCCCCGUUUCCAGUCUUUAAGCUAAGCUAACUGACCGCUGGCUUUAGCCGUAGCUAAUAAGCGUAUUUCUAGCGGACUCCUUUAAAAUAAAUAGUUUUUGUCUUAAAAUUGUUGUUAGCAUUUUUAAUAAGAAAAGGAUAACAAAAUCUUUGCCAACCUUUCCAGUGGAUGAAAGCUACCUAAGUUCAAUACAUAUCAGAUUUCAUUCCCUACCAACAAUAAAAAUUUUUUUAUCUUGUUUACUAAGUUUUGUUUGAGGUUACAGGUGUGCUGUAAUCAUCAAUAUACAACUUUGCCUUCAGCUUUAAUUCACACCUUCACUCGCACUGUUUGUCUCAAGAGGCAGAGUACUCCUCACCUGCAAUGCUGCAUUUGAACACACAGAGGUGCUCCACCAUCACGUUCCCUUCUCCACAUAGUGACAUGGUGAUUGACCAUGUCUGUCUGUAGUGUACAGUUGAUAAUGUGUGAAUGGACUCUUGUAAAACACAGCAAAUAGUAUCUGCUUAUUCAAAAAGAAGGGGUCAGGUGUUACUGUAUACACCUAAAUAAUAGGAAAUGAACUUUGAACCAGUUGAAGGAAUCACUUGGAAAUGUUUUUAUUAUUUGUAAGUCAAAGUCAUUGUCAUAUUUGCUACUGCAGUUCAACAUCACUUUUCUCUGCAUUGUGUUUUCCAUUUCAGCUAUGCUUGUGAUUAAUUCUGGGUUUCCUGCCAUGUGUGAAUGUGGUCUCACACUUUUGUUCUCUCAGGGUUCACCCCCAUCUCAAAGGGUCUGACAUUCUAAAGUAGUAGACCUAAAUGGUACCUUUUUAAAACUCUAAUUACAUAAAAUAAUAAUCUGGGCAUUUAAGUUAAGAUAAUUGCUAUUGUGACUGUAAUGCAGUGAUAUUUACGGAAGUCCUAUGCAGCCAUCGAAAUAUAAAUAUAUAAAAUAUAUAAUAAAACAAAAUAUAUAUAAUAUAUUUUUUUUAUCUUUUUCAUAAUCGUCUUCAAAAAAAGUUCUUAUGAAGAGACUCACAAUAAAGCAUUUGCUAGACUCUGUGCCUCCCGGCGAUUCGUCCACAUCCAUCAAUCUAUGGACUUCAUUUCCCCAUCAUUCCCAGUCAGAGCAAAUUCAUGUGCUUCUCAUUCAGGGGAAUCCAUUUAACCUUACACAUUUCCUUAAUAGCCAUUGGGAAAUGUGUGAUUGGAUUCCCUUGAAUCUCUUCAUAACAACUUUGCUGAAGAGGAUGAUAAAAAAACACAAAAAAGAAGGGGGGGGAAAAGUCAUUGAGAGUGGGAGUUGAACACACAAUCAUUGGAUUAUGAGUCUUGGGCUCAACAAAGUGAGCUAACCAGUGACACUGAAAAGUUUCUGAAAUUAUGCUAAACAAACGCACAUGCCGACCCCUGUAUUUAUUUAUGGUUUGUUAUCUCGAGAUCACAAGAAACCUCACGAGAUAAUUAUCCCAUUGUCACGUGAAAACGGAGUUAAAAAAAAAUAUUUGAAUGGAUGGUCGCUUAGGGCUUCAGUAGAUAUUGGACCAUAUUAGAACUAAAACAUGUUCUUGAUAGUUAACUUAUACUGUUAAUUGUUAGAAUGGUAAUUCACAUACUGUUUAAAUAUAUUGUCUUUUUAAUAGAAGGUUUGGAUAUGUCAAAUACUAUUAAUCUUUGUGUGGUUAUUAAUGAAGAACUAAUACUGGUAUCACGGUACUGGUAAAAUAAGGAAUUAAGUGUACUGGUGAAGUUCACAGAUAUUAAGUAAGUGUGUUAUUUCAUUUAUGGAAAAUUCUUUUGAAAUUCUGUUUCAUCUCUUUUUCACUGCACAGUAACGGAUAAAUAAAUAUUAAAUAUGUAGCACUCUG